AUCGGAGCACAGUGCAUCUGGAGAGACAAGAACUCUCCACAAUGGCCGGAGGAACGUCCUGGCGUGUUAGUGCUUUGUGCAUACUUUUAUUCGUCUCGGCCCUGUCGGCUCUACCGACGUCAGAACCGGACGCAGAGUUAAUAAGCGAUGUGGAGGACACCACAUUGUCGACCGAACUGAAGCCUCCACCACUACCAGACCAGGAGCAACACGAAUACGUGCUGUUUGUUAUAAAUCUUUACGGAGUGAAAAAUGCCAGCGGCGAAACUUCGGAAGAAAUGUUGGAGAAUGAGGUUCUCGACAAAGUGCCAGAAUUGGGAGAGCCACUGGCCACCGUUCUGUUGCUGAUCGAAGUCGACGAUGAGAACGAGGAGACCGACGCGCCGGUGGACCUGGACGAGGUCGCUGACGACUUGCAGCACGGAGAGGGCUUCCACGUGGACAAGAUCAAGGAUAACGGUCUAACGAGAGUGCUCCGAGUGAAGCUGGAGAAGAGCGACACCGAAGGCAUCGUGCUGCCAUCGUCGAAGAUGGAGAAGAUGACGAAAGUUCGUAACAGGAGGUCGCCUUGCCUGAAGUGCAAGCUGAAGGGCGGUGGAUUCGGCGGCGGAGGCGGCGGAGGUGGGUUCGGAUUCGGAGGCGGAUUUGGCGGCGGAUAUGGAGGUGGUUCGCUCGGAGGUGGACCCGGAUGCGGUGGUGGAGGUUGUGGUGGAGGAGGCUACCCAGGUGGAGGAGGCUACCAGGGUGGCUACCCUGGUGGUGGCGGCGGUGGCUACCCUAGCGGUGGCGGCGGUGGCUACCAUGGUGGUGGCGGCGGCGGCGGCGGCUACCCUGGUGGUGGCGGCGGCGGCUAUCCUGGUGGUGGUGGCGGCGGCUACCCUAGUGGUGGCGGCGGCGGCUACCCUGGUGGUGGCGGAGGAUGUGGAGGAGGAGGAUGCGGCGGAGGGCAAACACAAACGAUUGGUAUACCAAUAGUUCUUAUACCUGUUGCAGCGAGUUAUCCAUCGCAUUAUCCCAGCGGAGGUGGUAGCUGCAGCACUUGCGGCGGCGGCGGUGGCGGUGGUCACGGCGGAUACGGCGGUGGUUCGUAUUCGCAAGCCUCGGCGCAGGCCUCUGCUCAAUCUCAAUCUUGGGGCAAGUAAACGAAACGGAACCCGGGAACGAAGGAGCUAGCGAACUUCAUGCUGCCUGGAAGCGUACGAGCGCGGACACCUAACGGACCCCGGACGCGCGCAUAAACGCUUAACAACAUUAAUUUUUGUACAAUAAAACGUACGUCAUCCUGAUCACCCAUUUCUCGAACGUGUGUAAUCGAGCAUGAAAUAAAUUAAGGAAACGACAGAG